AACAUUUUAAAAACACAACAGAGCUAGGUCACAGUGCAGGUCACCUAGAGCCAGAGCCUGGCUGUUAACGUAAAACAACGUAGCAGCGAAACUGUUGCGUAAAGAAGGAUAAACACACCGGGCAAUGGAGGAGCAGGGUUUCGGAAAAAUUCUCUGUCCACCAUAUUCACACAAGUCCGAAACAAAAUCAGUGCGUGAUCCGACGUCAUGUACGCUCCACCUUCCCCGUUUCUCCCUCUCUCUCCCAGAAUGCUUCCCUUCCAGCACACACGGACUUUCCAUUUCACACACCCCACCCCCUGACAUCAGAGGAGGCAGAGGCGCUCCUUCGCCCCGGCCCAAACUCCACUUACAAAGCCCGACAUUAUAUCUGUCAGAGAAGAGACCUGCAUGGACAAACCCGGGACUAAUGCCCAUGAUUUCGUGCGAUGAGGGAUUCCACGGGCUUAACGCACCUCCACUCACCAAAGAAGGGGCUAUUAAGCUCAAUUAUUUGUUAGAGAAAGAGAGAAGGAGAAGGGGUGUGCAUGUUACUCGGCGGGCUUCAUUUCAUCGAUGCUGCACAGCAGGAGCUGGAUGACAUGAUGCUGCAGAGCCCGCUCACCUCCACGCCGUUUUCUGUCAAGGAUAUCCUAAAGCUGGAGCAGCAGCAGCAAUCCGGGUCCCUGGAGCUCCAUCACCGGGCUCACACCCAACAGCACUUGCCCGCAUCUCCUCCUCCACAGCAGCAGCAUUUCCAAACACCGCCGUCUUGCAUGCUUGCGGGGGCCCGGGACAGCCCGUCCUUCUCGGACGGAGAGGACAACCUGGCCUACCUAAGCGCUCUAGCGGCGCGGGAGGAGGAACGCGGGGAGACCAGCCUGUCCCCGGACAUGUACGUCCACCCCGGGCUGCAGGGAGCCAAGCUGGAGGCUGCCGAGCUGGAGGAGCAGGAGAGCAAGAGCUGCGGGCUGGUGUCCCGGGAGGAGGCAGCGGAGGGCGGGCAUGCCGACUCUGAGAGACCGGUGCAGAAGCAGAGGAACCGCCGGAGACCCAGGGUGCUCUUCUCUCAGGCGCAGGUCUUCGAGCUGGAGCGGCGCUUCAAGCAGCAGCGCUACCUGUCCGCCCCGGAGAGAGAGCACCUGGCGAACACGCUCAAACUCACCUCGAACCAGGUCAAGAUCUGGUUCCAGAAUCGCCGCUACAAGUGCAAACGGCAGCGGCUGGAAGUGGCGGGGCAGCACCACCCUCCGCCUCCGCGGCGUGUCGCCGUGCCAGUGCUGGUCCGAGAUGGAAAGCCGUGUCUGGCCGGUACGCAGAGCUACGCCGCCGCUGCUCCGUACGGAUCCAACCCGUACAGUUAUAACGGAUACCCGGCAUACACGUACAACAGCCCCGCUUACAACACCAACUACAGCUGCACGUACACCAGCAUCCCCGCCCUUCCUCCGUCCAGCACCCCCAACGCCUUCAUGAACAUGAACUUGGGAAACGUGAGCGGCCUGGGGAGCUCUCCACAGCCCCAAACACAUCAAGGGACAGCGGUCACAGCCUGCCAGGGCUCCCUACAGGGAAUCCGGGCCUGGUAGCCUCACCGGAACAGAACUGGUGUCCUGUCUCGGAGCUUUCAGUUUUGGUAAACCCACAGUCUUUUAGAAGUGUGUGGUCAGAACGACCCAGAACACAUUAUUGCUUAUAGAACGGAUGUGACUUUGGAUUCACGUGUCCAGCUGAGAUGAAACGUCCCACUACUUACAGCCAAAAGUGUGCGCGUAACGGCUGAACCGUCGCAGCUUGGGUGAAAUGUCACCUUUAGGUCCAUUAAUUGGUUUGGCACAGGUAGGACUGAAGCACAUGGGGAAACUACACAUGUUUGCGCAUUUCUCCUCAUUUGAACUCAAAGGUGGGGAUUCGACGUUUGUUUUUAACCUGGUAUAUUUUAACCUAAGGAGAGAUUGAAUUACUUUCAAGUGUUUUUGGUUCAACAGAGAAUUGUUUUAGUCUAUUUCACAUUUACUCCAAUAAAUCCAAGA